AUGUUCAGAUACUUACACGAAACGCAGGGUGUUCCCGCGCUCUUCCGUUGGUUGAGCAAGAAAUACCCAAAAAUUGUUCAACCCGUUAUCGAAGAGGAACCGCGGCAAAUAGGAGAUGAGGUCAUUCCUAUAGAUGCUAGCGGACGCAACCCCAAUGGUGUCGAGUUCGACAAUCUCUACUUGGACAUGAACGGUAUCGUCCACCCAUGUACACAUCCGGAGGGGAAGCCUGCUCCGGAGACCGAAGAGGAGAUGAUGGUGGAGAUCUUCAACUACACGGAGCGCGUCGUGAACAUGGUUCGCCCUCGCAAGCUCUUGUUCAUGGCUAUCGAUGGCGUCGCGCCGCGUGCGAAGAUGAACCAGCAGCGGUCGCGUCGUUUCCGUGCCAGUCAGGAGGCGCAGGAGAAGGAGGACGCUCGGGCAGAGUCCCUUGAGCUCUGGAAGUCCAUGGGCAAGGAGCUCACUGACGAGAUGAAGAAUCCGAAGGCCGCCUGGGACUCCAAUGCUAUCACCCCCGGCACGCCGUUCAUGACUCUGCUUGCCAACUCCUUGCGCUACUGGACCGUUCAGAAGAUGAACGAAGAUCCGGCGUGGAAGGGCAUCCAGGUCAUCAUCUCGGAUGCAUCCGUUCCCGGAGAGGGCGAGCAUAAAAUCAUGGACUUCAUCCGGCGCCAGCGCGUCAAUCCUGGGCAUGACCCGAAUACUGAGCAUGUAAUCUAUGGACUGGACGCUGAUCUCAUCAUGCUGUCACUAGCUACACACGAGCCGCAUUUCAGAGUCCUGCGUGAAGAUGUGUUCAACCAAGACGUGUCCACCGAGCAGCGGCAGGACCACAACGCGAAGCGGCGCAAGCUCGAGCAGGAGCAGCGCAAGAAUGCGUCUGUGCCCGUUGGACCCUCGCCCUCACUAAACCUCUCCGCGCCCCUCAAUGGCGGCGGCCCACCCCUCAUCCAUCCUUCCCUGCCCCAGCGCCCGGACUUCGCCGCGCGCGCGGAUAGCCUCGGGCUCGGCGCGCCCGUCGCUGCGCCCCCGCCCGCGAUGCAGUCGAACAGCGACAUCGUGAACAACCGCGGGGCGAUUCGCACGGCGAACCUCGACGCCGCGAACAAGCUCAAGGACCAGCUCUUCGACCUCGUCCCGCUGGGACGGGGGAACAAGCCGGCGCCGCCGAAGCUGAACCCGACGCUGCCCGACAAGCCCGUGACGCCUGAGGAGCUCGUCGCGGCGACGGCGACAGCGACGCCUCCCGUAACGGCGCAGGUGCCGCCGAGGCCACUCGCGGCGGGGGACAGCAUGGAGUCGGACGACAUGAUUCCGGGCUUUGAGUCGCAAAGCACAACGGUGACGACCGAGCCCGGGUCGCAGGCCACCCUGGACGGGAUGGAUGGGCAAAAUGGACACGCCGAGGUGUCCAAGGCAGACGCCACCAUGGAGAACGGGGACGCCGACGCGGAGGGCGAAGAGGAUGCGGAGGGAGAGGUCGACAUGGACACGCAGGACGACGAUGACGAUGUCCCACCGCUCGCGGGCAAGAAGCGUAAGCUCGACGAAGGCCCCGCUGCGGAGGACAACUCCACGGAGGAGGAGGAGGAGGAAGAAGCCGCGGCCAAUGCGAGCCUCUACAAGAUGAAGAAGAACGCUGAUGGUUCGAUUGAGCAGGCCGACCAUGUUCAGCUUUGGGAACCUGGGUACAAGGAGCGCUACUACAAGAACAAGUUCGGCAAGGAGUACAGUGACGAGGAGUUCAGGAAGGAUGUCACCACCAAGUACAUGGAAGGCCUUGCUUGGGUCCUUCAGUACUACUACCAGGGUCCCGUCCCCCUCGAUGUCAAGCUCACCAAGGGCAUCAGCGGCACCGUUCAGCGCAACCCCGACUGUCUGCCGGGUUCCACCUACGAUAGCCCGCUUCCCGCCCUCAGAGACAUCCCCAACGACCGCUCGCUCUCCGUUCUCUACUUCUUCCCCAAGCAGCUCUCCCCGCACCGCUCCGUUCUCCUCCCCGGCGCCGUACCGCCGCGCCGGCAGCUCACAACCGCUGACCUCACCGCCACGCGCAACGGCGGGCGACCGCCGCGCAAGAGCUACGACAACCGCAACACGGGCCGCGGCGGCCUCUGGCGGGAGGGCAGCGACCGUGGCGGAGGCUUUGGUGGGCGUGGUAGGGGCCCACCGCCGCACCAGCGGGAGACGCGCCCGUAUCCCUCGGGUGGUCCGCCGGCACAGAACGGGUAUGGCGGCGGUCGGGGCGGCUAUGGUGGUGGUGGUGGAUACGGCGGCUACGGUGGAGGCGGGGGUGGCGGCGCCAACCGCGGUCGGCCGAAUGACUAUGGAGGGUACGGUGGUGGAAGCCGGGGCGGGUACAACAGCCACGGCGGCGGAGGCGGCGGUGGGUACCCCCAGCCAAGCAGCUAUGGCGCCGCGCCGCCUGCAGGCGGGGGCUACCCUGGCUACGGUGGUGGAGCUAAUGGUGGUGGAGGCUACGGCGGUUCGGGUGGCUAUGGCGGCGGCGGAAGCGCUGGAUAUGGCAACUACGGAUACGGCAACCAAGCCCCUGCGCCUGGUGUCUACGGCGGCGACCCUCGAGGUGGUGGUCGCGGCGGUGGGUAUGGUGGGCAGGGGUAUGGAAGCUCGCGAGGUGGAGCCUUCCGGAAGAUGCAGGCCCCACGGGGUUCAGAUGCGAUAUUAGUGUGGAAAUCCGGAAACGUGCAGCGCGCGCCCGGCAAGCGCCCAUCAGCCUCGCUAUAUAAGUUGGAGAAAUCACCGUCCGAACCUGUCCGCUCCAGCACCCGCCGCCAACUCGACACCGGGACGGUGAUCUGCGUCCGGAGAGUGUCAGAGAGCGUUAUCGAGAUGUCCGAGAUCAACGAGAAGGGGGCGGUCCCGCGCCAUCGCACGCACAGGACAGAUGAGGAGGCUGGGGGAAUCGAGGACGCCAACAGCAGCAGCCCCUUCUUCGCGAACGGCGAGCGCCACGACACGGAGCAUGCCUACCCUCCCCACCACCACCAUCUACACGCCCCGCAUCUUUCGAUGGAAAACCAUCCUCACUUGCAGGAUGCUGUGGAUGGAUGGGAACGCUUCAAGAACAGGUUCAAUCGAGUCGGGAGGAGGAAAAUUGGGAUCGCAGAGAGCUUGAAGAACUUGGCGAAGCAGUCAUGGCUCAAUACCUUCAUCGUCUUCAUUCCAAUCGGCUGGGUCACACAUUUCCUCGAGGUACACCGUAGUCCAGUCGGCGUCCCUCACACCGUGGUCUUCAUCUUCAACUUCCUUGCAAUUAUCCCCCUCGCAAAGCUGUUCGAGUAUGGCGGUGAACAGAUGAGCUACUAUGUCGGCAAGGAACUCGGAGACCUUAUCAUCAUUUCCCUGAACAACGUCAUCGAGGCCACGCUUGCCAUCAUCCUGCUCAACAAGUGCGAGUUGAGAUUACUACAGUCCACCAUCAUCGGUGUCGUAAUCUUGCAUUUGCUGCUCAUCCCAGGUGUCUCGUUCAUCAUCGGCGGUGCGCGCGUGAUGCACCAGGAGCUUGCGCCUCAUCACUCUGAGCUGAACCAGGCUCUGCUGACUGUUGGUGUCGUCUGCUUGUUGCUGCCCGCUGCGUUCUUCGCUGCUAUCGACCGGGGAACGGCCGCGGCAGCAGAGCUGGGCUCAGCAGAGAGCGCGGUCUCGGACGCAUCGCGGGCCAUGUAUCUCUCUAUAAGCCACGGCCUCGCUAUCAUCCUGCUCGUUGUUUACAUUUGCUCCCGCGUCUACCUCCACAACCCGCCCGGCGACGACAACGCGCUCCGCCCACGCGAGAACGCGCCCGAGGAGCACAAGCGCGAGGAGAAGCACCUCGAGGAGGGCGACCCCGAGAUGUCCCCCUGGGUGUGCAUCGCGAUGCUCGUCGUCACCAUCGGCAUCAUGGCCGCGACCGCCGAGUGGCUCGUUGACAGCAUCGAGUACGUGCGCGAGGGCGGCCGCAUCACGGAGGAGUGGUUCGGCCUCAUCCUCCUCCCCAUCGUGUCGUUCUCGGCGGACGCGGCGGUGGCGGCGGCGUUCUUUGUUAGGUAUCUGUUCAAGAGCUAUCUGGGCAAGCCGACGCCGAUCAGCACGCUGGCGCAGGCGCGGACGAUUGAUAUGGCGAUUCAGUUCAUCCUGUUCUGGAUGCCAUUCUUUGUACUCAUCGCCUGGUGGUCGAGCCGGCCGCUGACCCUGCUCUUCGACCUGUACGAGGUCGCCGUCAUCAUCGGCUCGUGCUUCAUCGUCAACUACGUGACCGCGGACUCGAAGACGAACUGGGCGGAGGGCACGGCCUUGGUGGCCUUCUACGCCAUGAUCGCCCUCACGACAUGGUUCUACGCUGGCCAGGAAGAGAUUCACCACCUAGCUAUCUGCACAGCGGUCGCCGCGAGUGGUGCAGCGGAGGGCGGCGGUGCCGAGGCCGUUGCUGCUAGCCACCACUGA